UCAGAUUGGGUGCCACGAGGCGGAAAUACGCAACAGGGGGGGUUCCGGUGACCGCGUAGGUUCCGGCGACUAAGUCGGCAAAAUGGAGGAGGUACCUCACGACUGUCCCGGGACCAGCAGCGCCCAGGCCGGCCGAGGGGCCGCAUGUCAAGGGUGCCCCAACCAGCGGUUAUGCGCUUCUGGAGCCGGUGCGACUCCUGACCCGGCUAUAGAGGAAAUCAAAGAGAAAAUGAAGACUGUGAAGCACAAGAUCUUGGUGUUGUCUGGAAAAGGCGGUGUUGGGAAAAGCACCUUCAGCGCCCACCUUGCUCAUGCCCUAGCAGAGGAUGAAAACACGCAGGUUGCUCUUCUAGACAUUGACAUAUGCGGGCCGUCAAUUCCCAAGAUAAUGGGGUUAGAAGGAGAACAGGUUCACCAGAGCGGCUCAGGCUGGUCUCCAGUGUUCCCAGAAGACAACCUGGGGGUGAUGUCGGUGGGUUUCUUGCUCAGCAGUCCUGAUGACGCCGUUAUCUGGAGGGGACCAAAGAAAAAUGGCAUGAUCAAGCAGUUCCUCCGUGACGUGGACUGGGGGGAGGUGGACUACCUCAUCGUGGAUACCCCACCCGGGACGUCGGACGAGCACCUCUCGGCCGUCCAGUACCUGGCCGCGGCACACAUUGACGGGGCGGUGAUAAUCACCACCCCUCAGGAGGUGUCGCUCCAGGAUGUCCGGAAAGAAAUCAACUUCUGCCACAAGGUGAAGCUGCCCAUCAUCGGGGUGGUGGAGAACAUGAGCGGUUUCAUCUGCCCGAAGUGUAAGAAAGAGUCUCAGAUAUUCCCGCCAACGACGGGGGGUGCGGAAGUCAUGUGCCAGGAUCUGAAGAUCCCUCUGCUCGGCAAAGUGCCUCUGGACCCACACAUAGGUAAGAGCUGCGAUGAAGGACGGUCGUUUUUGAUUGAUGCACCGGAUUCCCCAGCCACAUUAGCCUACAGAAGUAUAAUUCAAAGAAUCCAAGAGUUUUGUAAUCUCCAUCAGCCAAAAGAAGAGAACCUCAUUAGUUCCUGAAACCAGGGAACAUUGUGGGCACAAGCGGCGUGUCUAGUGAAACCUGACCGGAUCGGGGACAAAGUGGGAGUCAAGGACAGAGAGGGACCAGACUCUGGUGCGGUGUGAAGUCACUUUUUCAGAGACACUUUAAUAUUUGUACACUUUUCUUUAGAACAUGGGUAAAGGGCAUUCUUUACGAAUGUGCUGUUUUAAAUUAAAAACGUCUCCUCAAACCUCUCCCUGAGGCCUGCUUCGCUGAAAAACACAAA